CCGAAAAUCCAAUCCUCGAUAACUCUCUCUCCACCAAAAGCUUCCAAACCCUAACCCUAGUUCUCAACCAUGCUCUUCGACCUCUGCAAUCGUCCCCGGGCUUGAAAAUUAGCGGAGGAAUUUUGUUCGCGCCGUCAAUUUCUCGGGAUUUCGCUGGAAGAUUCCCGAUUUCUCUGUUUUCGGGUGUGCCAGAAGCGUCUCGAGUUCGCGAGUUUUUCCGAGGCCAGUCGAGGAUUUCCGCGCGAAGAUCCGAUCCCGGAUUGGUUUGUUGUUCGCUCAUCGGAUCAAUUCCUGAAUCUAGGGUUUUCCGAUUCUGGAACUUUUUUUUUGGAGGAAGAGAUCGGCGUUUGCUUUGUCCCGUUUUGAGAAGAAGAACCGGUGAUUCGUCUUCCUCCGGGAGGUGAAGUUUGAUUUGCAACGGCGGUGAUCGGCAGUGGAGGAAGCCCUUGACGCACUGGUUGAUUCAGAUAUUUUUUCUCGAUCGAGGCUUCGCAAGAUUACGUCUCUGCCAACUUUCUGCAUAAUUGGAUGCACAAAAUUUUCGUAUUCCAGAAAAAUCUCGGUCUCAAUUGAAGAAGAUUUUGGACGAGCUUCGACGCGGCGGUUCGAUUCCUUAUUGAGUAUUUGAAGAAAAAGAAAAUAAAAAGAGCUUGAAUUUUUGUACCUUUCAAUUUUUAUUUUUGUUUUUUGAAUAUAAGGGCCGUAUAUUUUUUUUGGUGGCCUUUGAAUUUUGGUUAUCUUGGCUUCAGGGCUUUUGUUUGUUCUUAUUUUGAUAUAAUAUUAUUUUUUUUAGAAGACAUUAAAGAAAAGAAUUUACCAUGGCGGUGUAUUAUAAAUUUAAGAGUGCGAGAGAUUAUGAUUCAAUUCCUAUGGACGGUCCUUUCAUCUCAGUUGGUACUUUGAAAGAAAAAAUUUUUGAAUUCAAGCAUUUGGGAAGGGGUACUGAUUUCGACCUUGUGGUCACCAACGCCCAGACCAAUGAAGAAUAUCUUGAUGAAGCAAUGUUGAUACCAAAAAAUACAUCCGUUUUAAUUCGUCGCGUUCCAGGAAGGCCUCGUAUGCCCAUUGUUACUGAUCCAAAUCCAAAGGUGGAAGAAAAGGUGGAAAGCACUGAACCGGAAAGGACCAGCUUCCCAGUAGCUGAUUCAUCUAUCAUGAAAUAUCCUGAUGACUCUGAAUGGGAUGAUCUUGGGGGUGAUUUGUAUGAAAUUCCUGAAGCCGUGCCAGUUCAGUCAAGUAAUGUAAUUCCAGAAGCUCCCCCUACAAAUAAAGCUGAUGAGGAUAGCAAGAUUAAGGCAUUUAUUGAAACUCCAGCCUUGGAUUGGCAACGUCAAGGUUCUGAUGGGUUUGGUCCUGGUAGAGGUUUUGUCCGAGGUAUGGGUGGAAGGAUGAUGGGUGGACGUGGUUUCGGUCGAGUAGGGUUGGAGAGGAAAACACCUCCACAGGGCUAUGUAUGUCACAGGUGCAAGGUGCCUGGACAUUUCAUUCAACACUGCCCUACAAAUGGCGAUCCCAAUUUUGACAUCAAAAGAGUGAAGCCACCCACUGGCAUUCCAAAGUCCAUGCUGAUGGCAACCCCAGAUGGCUCAUAUGCGUUGCCAAGUGGUGCAGUGGCUGUCUUGAAGCCAAAUGAAGCUGCUUUUGAGAAGGAAAUUGAGGGGUUACCAUCUACUACACGGUCUGUUGGUGACCUACCACCUGAGCUACACUGUCCACUGUGCAAGGAAGUAAUGAAAGAUGCAGUCUUGACUAGCAAGUGCUGCUUUAAGAGCUUCUGUGAUAAAUGUAUCAGGGACUAUAUUAUUUCAAAGUCAAUGUGUGUCUGUGGGGCUACAAAUAUACUGGCGGAUGAUCUUUUGCCUAAUAAGACACUUCGGGAUACAAUCAAUCGAAUCUUGGAAUCUGGUAAUAGUAGUGCUGAAAAUGCUGGGAGUACAUUCCAAGUUCAAGACAUGGAGUCUGCACGCUGCCCGCAGCCCAAGAUUCCUUCCCCAACUAUGUCUGCUGCUUCUAAGGGAGAACAAAAUCCAGCACCUUGUAAUGAAGAAACUCCAAAAGUACAGGAAACUGCAGUUGUGACAAAGCCUGUAAUUGCUACACAGCCGCCGAUAGAGAAAGUGAGGACUUCCAAAGUGGCUGAUGUAUCUGAAGCCACCCAUGAGUCCAUCAGUGUGAAGGAACCAGCAUCACAAGGCAGUGCUCCAUUAGUUGAGGAAGAAGUGCAGCAGAAGCUGGCUUCUGGGGAACUAGGAAGGAAAAAGAAAAAGAAGAAAAUUCGCAUGCCUGCUAAUGAUUUGCAGUGGAAAGCCCCACAAGAUUUUCCAGUUGAUAAUUAUAUGAUGCCUAUGGGGCCUUCAACGUAUAAUCCAUACUGGUCAGGAGUGCAACCUGGUAUGGACGGAUUUAUGGCGCCAUUCCCUGGACCUAUGCCUUAUAUGGGUUAUGGUCUCGGACCCCUAGACAUGCCAUUUCCAGGUUUCGUUCCACAGGAUCCAUAUGCUUCUCAAGGUUGUAUGUUCCCUCCUGUUCCACUUCAGAGGGAUCUUGCGGAGUUUAGUAUGCCAAUGAACCUUCCACCCCCUGCCAUGAGUAGAGAGGAAUUUGAGGCUCGGAAAGCUGACUUGAGAAGAAAGCGUGAGAUGGAGAGACGGGGGGCUGAAAGUAGGGAGUUCGUGAAAGAUCGGGAUUUUGGCAGAGAAGUGAGCAGCAGUGGCGACAUCCCUAUGAUGAGACCAAAAUCUAAACUACCAGUGGACCGACCGUCGAGUCCUGACUAUCACCGACGCCACAGAUCGGAGAGAUCCUCCAUUGAAAGACCUCCGCGAGAUCUCGAACCUCCACGACCUCCCAAGAGAAAGUCCGACAACCACCACAACGACCACGACUACGACUAUGACAGGCAUCACGAUCGCGACGACACUGAUCACCACCACCACAACAACCAACAUCACCGUCGCCGUGCCGAAUCUUCCGAAGCUUCCGGUAAACAUUCCGCCGCCUCUGCUUCGGAGUCGGCGGCCGCGGCGUUAGAUCGUAAGCAUAAGGCAAGCGUCUUCUCACGCAUAAGCUUCCCGGAGGGUGAGGCGGCCAGCAAGAAGCGCAAGGUUUCCUCCUCCUCUGCUCCUUCGGCGGCGGUGGAGGCGGCCGGCGUCGGUGCCUCCGCGUCUUCGGCGGCUCAUCACCACAAGGCGACGGCGAAUGGAUACUACGACGAUCACAAGUCGUCUUCUUCGUCAAUGAAGGCAGCGGCGGCAGCGUCGGUGACGAGCGGGGGAGGGAGGAAGUCGCGGUCGGUGGAGUACGAGUCUAGCGACGACGAACGGCAUUUCAAGAGGAAGCCGUCAAGGUACGAGCCAUCGCCACCUGCACCGCCGGUUGAGAUGGAAGAGCCGAAGCACUCUAGAGGUUCGAGGGAACGUGAUCGGAGCAGGCACAGAUAGAGCAGAGCAACUGCAGUUUCUCUCUCCCUAUCUCUGACUGCUGGUGAGAGAGAAAGAGGAGAGAGAGUGCAAUGAAGACUACAUGCAGCACAGGGGAUUAGAGGGGAGAGAUUGAGUGGGUCAUCGUCAUGAUAUUGAUAUGAUCGAAACUUUUUUUUUUUUUUUUUUUUUUUGAGGGGAUAAUUCUAAAAUGGGUGAUGAUUUUAUCCUCCGUCGUUAUGUAACAUUUUGUGGAAGGCUGGAGCUUUAUUUUCAGUUUAUACGUACUCUUUGCUUAAAUUUUAUAAUAAAAAUUAUUUU